GACGCGGCUCACCGCCAGCCAAUGAGCGCCGGCCUUGCCGUGCGCCCCGCCCCGCGCGCCGUGGCCGUUUGAAGUGACUAAUUUCUGUCAUAUGACUGAGGCACCCAUGGGGGUGGCGGGGCGGCUGUAGCAGCGGGGGCCUAGCAAGCGCCCGGCGGAGCGACCCCGGCCUGGCCGCGGCCAGCAUGGCCCCUACGCUGUUCCAGAAACUCUUCAGCAAGAGGAGCGGGCUGGGCGCGCCCGGCCGGGACGCCCGGGACCCGGACUGCGUGUUCAGUUGGCCUUUGCCAGAGUUUGAUCCAAGCCAGAUUCGACUGAUUGUAUAUCAAGACUGUGAAAGAAGAGGGAGAAAUGUCUUGUUUGACUCCAGUGUUAAGAGAAGAAGUGAAGACAUAUCAGUAUCGAAACUCUGUAGUGACGCUCAAGUUAAAGUCUUUGGGAAAUGCUGCCAGCUAAAACCUGGAGGAGACAGUUCUUCUUCUUUGGAUAGUUCGUCGACUUCAUCUUCUGAUAUAAAAGACCAGUGUCCUAAGUAUCAGGGUUCUCGAUGCUCUUCUGAUGCCAAUAUGCUUGGAGAGAUGAUGUUUGGCUCAGUAGCAAUGAGCUACAAAGGAUCUACCUUAAAAAUUCAUCAGAUUCGUUCCCCGCCGCAGCUCAUGCUCAGCAAAGUGUUCACUGCCCGGACUGGCAGCAGCGUCUGCGGGAGUCUCAACACGCUACAAGACAGUCUUGAAUUUAUCAAUCAAGACAGUAAUACAUUAAAGGCUGAUAACACAGUUAUUAAUGGACUACUUGGUAAUAUAGGUCUUUCACAGUUCUGCAGCCCCAGGCGGGCAUUCUCUGAGCAGGGUCCGCUCCGCCUGAUCAGGAGCGCCUCUUUCUUUGCAGUUCACAGCAACCCGAUGGACAUGCCUGGAAGAGAGUUGAAUGAGGACAGAGACAGUGGCAUAGCACGGUCUGCCUCUCUCAGCAGCUUGCUUAUCACCCCAUUUCCUUCCCCGAACUCCUCGCUCACCCGAAGUUGUGCCAGCAGCUACCAGCGACGUUGGCGACGCAGCCAAACGACAAGUCUGGAGAAUGGGGUGUUUCCUAGAUGGUCUAUAGAAGAAAGCUUUAAUCUGUCAGAUGAAAGCUGUGGCCCUAACCCAGGAAUUGUGAGGAAAAAGAAGAUUGCAAUUGGGGUAAUCUUUUCGUUAUCCAAAGAUGAAGAUGAAAAUAACAAAUUUAAUGAAUUCUUUUUUUCACAUUUUCCUCUCUUUGAAAGCCACAUGAACAAAUUAAAGAGUGCAAUAGAACAGGCUAUGAAAAUGAGCCGGAGAUCAGCUGACGCCAGUCAGAGGAGUUUGGCAUAUAAUCGAAUAGUUGAUGCGCUAAAUGAAUUCAGAACAACAAUUUGUAAUCUUUACACGAUGCCACGAAUUGGAGAACCUGUCUGGCUAACGAUGAUGUCGGGGACUCCAGAGAAGAAUCAGCUUUGCCAUCGUUUCAUGAAGGAGUUCACUUUUCUAAUGGAAAAUGCUUCCAGAAAUCAAUUCUUGCCAGCUCUCAUUACUGCGGUUUUGACCAAUCAUCUUGCCUGGGUUCCAACAGUCAUGCCAAAUGGACAACCACCAAUAAAAAUAUUUUUAGAAAAACAUUCCUCUCAGAGUGUGGACAUGUUGGCAAAGACUCAUCCAUAUAACCCACUUUGGGCACAACUGGGAGACUUGCAUGGCGCCAUUGGCUCCCCCGUGCGGCUAGCGAGGACUGUGGUCGUUGGCAAACGACAAGACAUGGUCCAGAGGCUGCUUUAUUUUCUUACUUAUUUCAUAAGAUGCUCUGAGCUUCAAGAAACCCAUCUUUUAGAAAGCGGAGAAGACGAGGCCAUUGUCAUGCCAGGCACAGUGAUCACCACCACGUUGGAGAAAGGUGAAAUCGAGGAGUCGGAGUACGUGCUUGUCACAGUGCACAGAAACAAGAGCAGUUUGCUCUUCAAAGAGUCAGAGGACACAAGAACUCCUAACUGUAACUGUAAAUAUUGUAGUCAUCCGCUCCUUGGGCAGAGUAUAGAGAAUGGUUCACGACAAGAGAGAGAAGAUAUUCAAAACAGCUCUAAGGAGCUGCUGGGAAUUUCAGAUCAGUGCCGGCUAAUUUCUCCUCCUGACUGCCCAGAAGAAAAUGCUGCUGACGUGAAGCAGUGCAGAGAUCAGCUGAGAACUUGCUUUGACCCCAAGCUAGAGACGGUUGUUCGCACGGGGUCUGCCCCGGGGGACGCCUGUGCGCCGUCGGCGUCGGGCCUGGAGCCAGCGGAGGAGACGUGGCAGAGUCAGGAGCUGCUGGAUUCCGGCAGCCACACGAGCAAAGCGGUGAGAUCCACAGGGAUGGCUGUGGAAAAGAAGCCUCCGGAUAAGAUGGUGCCUGCUGCGUUUUCUUGUGAGGCAGCACAGACGAAGGUGACUUUCCUGAUUGGGGACUCUAUGUCGCCCGAUUCCGACACCGAGCUCCGGAGCCAGGCGGUGGCAGCGCAGAUGGCCAGGCAUCACGCACCCCCGCCGGAGGAAGGGGCGGCUGCUGGUCCGCAUCAGGAAGUUGAACAGACGGCCAAGGACCAACCCAGAGAGUCUGACCCACAGAACAUGGUUGCUGGAGAGCCCCGUGAGCUUCCCUGUUGGAAUCCUUCAGACCCAGAAAGCAUGAGCUUAUUUGAUGAAUAUUUUAAUGAUGAUUCAAUUGAAACUAGGACUAUUGAUGAUGUUCCAGUUAAAACAAGUACAGAUAGUAAAGAAUACUGCUGUAUGAUGGAGUUUUCAAAAAGAUUGUGUAUGAAAAAUAACAAACAGAACAAUGAACUUUGUGAGUGUAUAGAAACAGUUCACCGAGAUUCCUGUAAAACCUGCUUUCCUCAGCAGGACCAAAGAGACACACUCUCCAUUCUUGUCCCCCGUGGGGAUAAAGAGAGUUCAGAGAAAAAAAUGGCUGUAGGAACUGAGUGGGAUAUUCCAAGAAAUGAAAGUUCAGAUAGUGCCCUUGGGGACAGUGAAAGUGAAGACACAGGUCAUGAUGUGACUAGACGAGCCAGCAGUUACUAUGGAGGAGAGCAAGAAGACUGGGCAGAAGAGGAUGAGAUACCUUUUCCUGGGUCAAAGUUAGUUGAAGUGAGUGCUGUUCAGCCCAACAUUGCCAGCUUUGGGAGGUCCUUGCUGGGCGGGUACUGCUCGGCUUACGUGCCCGACUUUGUUCUUCAAGGAAUUGGGAGUGAUGAGAGGCUCCGCCAGUGUCUGGUGUCAGAUUUAUCUCAUGCUGUGCAGCAUCCGGUGUUGGAUGAGCCAAUAGCAGAAGCCGUCUGUAUCAUCGCUGACAUGGACAAAUGGACUGUUCAGGUGGCCAGUAGCCAGAGACGGGUGACAGACAGUAAACUGGGAAAGGAAGUGUUGGUUUCCAGUCUUGUUUCCAAUCUGCUUCAUUCCACUCUUCAACUUUACAAGCAUAACUUAUCUCCAAAUUUUUGUGUGAUGCACCUGGAGGACCGGCUGCAGGAGCUGUACUUCAAGAGCAAGAUGCUGUCCGAGUACCUGCGGGGGCAGAUGCGUGUGCACGUCAGGGAGCUGGGCGUGGUCCUGGGGAUUGAAUCCAGUGAUCUUCCUCUUUUGGCUGCUGUAGCAAGCACUCACUCUCCAUACGUUGCUCAGAUACUGCUUUAACGUGCCAAAAGGUUGUUAGAAAUUGGUGGAAGGAUAAGUAGAAACCAAGGAAGCAUGUGCACCUUGGAUUUAUGGAAGUUUUUCUCUGUUCGACCUCCAUCUGAACGAGUCAGUCCCCAGGGUCCCCUGCGUUGCGUUACGUGUUCUGUGGACAUCAGGUGGUGGCUUCCUUUUGACGGGACUUUUGGGUGGUGCAGAGUUUCACCCAAGUAAAGUUAAAGCAACAUAAGUAACUUGGGGGGGAAACAUUUGAAAAAGCCAAAGUGUAACUUACAAAUUUCUGCAAAAUGAAUAUUAUCAAGGAAUUACAAUGUCGUCACAAUUCAUAACAACAGAUGUCUCAUGAUUUAUGGCUCAGAAAUAGUCAUUUUAUUAGUUUUUAAUUCUUUAUUUCUAAGGUACAGAGAUAUAUAAAACCUUGAUUAUUUGUUAUUUUGUUUUACAAUUCAAAAUAGCUACUUUCUGGUUAUUUCACAAAGUAUUUUGAACAGCCUGUUAAUUAUAACAAACUCAGAAUAAUGAGUGUAAAUGUGUGUUAUAUUAUCUACCCAACUGUACAUAUGUAUCUAUUUUUUUAAAAAACAGAGGUAGAAAUACAAGAUUGGUAACAUGCCUUUUUAAAAAAAUAUUUUCCACUAUUAUUAACUAUAGGUAAUGUUGAAAUGUUACUUUCUGGUGAUUUUUCUGUUUCACACACUCUAAAAUGUAAGUAAAGCCAAUCUUUUUUUAAGGCUGAGGAAUAUAGAUUCCAAAAAUAAGAAUACUACUUUAUACCAUUUGUUUAUAAGUGUGAGCUAAUUCAUAUAAAUAUUAAUAUUUACAUAUUCACUAAUUUAAUAAAUGAAAACUAGAAUUAAAAAUUACACCAAAGCAUUGGCAAAAAUAAUACUAUUUUCUUUAAAAGUGCUCAGGUAGCCAAGGCCCUUGCUUUCAGUAUCAGGCCUUCUUAAAACCAUAGGAGCUAAAUAUUUGUCUCACUGCUUAAUAAUAUUCUAUUUACACUAGUAGAACUUAUAACUCUUAAAAUUAUUCUGUCUUCUCGAAGAGCCCCUCCCUUCUAAAAGCUGGGUUUUUUUUCAAAGAUUUCCACUUCUCAGUUGUCUUUGUGUAUACUAUGGAGUGUUGCUCAUAAGGAAGGCUAAAUGGAACCAAACUCUUGUACGUAAUGUAAAUACAAACAUGGGUAGAUCAAGUUUUCAAUACGCUCUACUACCUCAGUUUACUUGAAUACUACAUUAUAGUUUAUUCUUGGCUUAUCUAGUUUAAGGUACUUUGGAUGCCAGAAGUAGAGUUGGUUUCUGCUUUCACUGACUAUUUUUAUCCUAAUUAAUUGAAUAAAAAAACCCACUUAUUUAAUUAUUAAGUACAUUAACUAUAUAAUACACAUCCAUUCUUGUUGUUUAAAUUUUCAGUAAUUGAUGGGAAAUUUCUGUGGUUUGUUUAGCUUUUGAACUUGAAUUUAUAACAUUGGGUUACAUUUUGCCUUGCUCGUUAUGUGUUCAAGAGAUCUCCAACUAGACAAAGAAGAAACAGUUACUUUAAUGGAAUGUAAACCUGAAAUUGGUCUGUUUGGCCCGUGUCCUGUUGGCUGGUCCCGGUUAGUACCUGAGUCUCCCAUGGAUGACUUGCUGCCAAAGAAUGUUUAUUUCCUUUGGCUUAAUUUUCUUAUUUUAUUCAUUAAUAAAAUUCUUCUGUUGUGUAAUUUGAAAUACUAUGAGUCAGUCUCUUGGGAAGAAUUCAGAAUAUAGAAAAGUUCAUAUGUGUGCCAUUGUACAUUAUUUUUUGAUUAUAGCUCAGAAUAAUAUGUAUCAGGUAGAUAAUACCUGUUUCUGGGUGUUUUCUUAAUCAUCAAACUAUUCUCUAUCUAUUUGAAAUGUCUGAUAUACCAUUUAGAAAUUCUAGUCUUCGAUAAGUGGGUGGCUCAUGCUACUGUCAUACUUAAAGCUAAGCUUUGCUGGAAAGGAAAAGGCCCGUAGCUUCUUAAAGAGUCAUUAAUCCUUAUAGGAUUCCUGAGUUUUAUAAUUCCUCACCCUUCUAUGAUUUCUAUUACCUUCAUUAUAGUCAUUCUUUCCUUACACAAAGCCCAAGGAAUGAGCUGCUGCUGCUUAAAAGUGUGGUCAUUAGGAUGAAUAUGGAAAGAGUUUUAUGGCCUGUUUGAAAUAAUUUUUUUCAAUUUAUGGUACGGACAGGUAGGUGUUACAUAUCAGAAAAACCUGUUUGUUGGAACAGGAAAUGAAAAAGGGAUCUUUUAAAUUAUAGAAUUAAAACUAAUUUUUUCUUGUAUAUAAACUAAUUGGUUUGAUUUUAAAUAUUCCUGGCCUUUAUUAAUAUGUCUUAACUUUGAGUUUGAGACUGUUAAGUGCAAUAAAACAUAGUAGUGCAGAUUUCACGUUGUUGGAAUUGGCAUACUCUGGGGGAUGGUUACUAAACCAGAUUUUACACAAUGCCUGCUUCUAGUAGAUGUCUUCUGAGAAUGUUCUGCUUUCUCUAAGUUGUUUAGAUGGUGGUUAUGUAAAAUGUACAUACUUAUUCCUUGUCUGUAUACAUUUCUCAAAUGUACACCUGUAUUAUAAUAACCUCCCAGUUCUAGGGGAAAUUUGUGCAAUAAAUACACAUGUCAAUUUGA